AUGGAGAGAAUAUAUGUCACAGUUCGUGCCAGGCCGCUCUCUGCAGAGGACGCCAAAUCCAGUCCCUGGAGAAUAUCGGGAAAUUCCAUAAACCUCACUAACCAGUCAGCCAAAUUCGAGUUUGGUAUGUUUUUUUUUUAUAGUCCGUAGUUCUUUUUGUAUUUUUAUAUCUUAAAUGUGUUUUGCCAUUCAAUACCGUACGAUUGAUUACUAAGUUGGUGCAAAAUUCAGAUAGAAUAUUCGGGGAAGGAUGCACGACCAGGGAGGUCUAUGAGGCCCGUACGAAAGAGAUUGUAGCUUCUGUUGUACGCGGUUUCAACGGUAAGUGCUGGUAUGGUCCUUUCUUCGAAGACGUGUUUACAGCUGCUGCAGACUGAUGUCCUAAAGCCACUGAAAGUGCCUUUGUCCUUUGUCAUGGAUUGUCCUACCCUUCAUCAACAUUGAAAGAGUCAAACGUUAUUUCUGUUUUUCCAUUCAAACAUUGGAUUUUAUUUUGAAAGCUCUUGUAUGGGUCCAUGAAGAGAAGUUGUACGAUAGAUGGGUUACUCAUCAAGGAGAGCGCUUAAAAUGGUUACAUUCCCGCAUUCAGUUUCUUUUGGAGAAUGACAUAAUGUCUCUACUUCCAUUUUCUUUCGAUGCUUAGUUAACAUGUGGUACUGUCCACUUUCAGAAGACAACAUAAAGCUUUUGUAGCGUGAAGAGGUAAUUCGCCUCUGAUCUUUUGUAUGUAUUGAUUUGUUCGUAAGAACAGAAUCAAUUCUAUACCGGAACACUAUUAGCAUUGCAUGCCUCAUAAUUUGUGGUGGAGAUGGGGAUCCAAACCUUAGUGGCUGCUUUGGCACCGAAAGGUUUCGGUUUUCCAACUUUUAUUUCAUUACAAGUGCUCAUUACCUUUUGUUAUUGGAUUCCUGUUUUCCUAGUUAAUGCGUAAUCUGGUUUAAGUAUUCAUGUAUAUCUUUUCAGGUACUGUAUUUGCUUAUGGGCAAACUAAUAGUGGGAAGACUCACACUAUGAGAGGAUCAAUAACUGAACCGGGGAUAAUCCCCCUUGCUGUUCAUGAUUUAUUCCAAAGCAUAGAAGAGGUUUUUCUCUUUGUCCUCUCUCUUGCUCACGUUAUCUCCUGUACCCCUUUUAAUAUACCUCUAAAACGUACCAGAGGUUUCUUCAUGGUCGUACAUGUGUUUGUACCUCUAAUUAGGGAUAUUGAUGAGCUGGGUUGGAGAACUCAAGCCUUACUAAAAUGACAGCUUGAGCAUUGUUCCAAGCUUCAUUUUUUGGCGCUGCCAAAGCCGUCCUGCAUAAUUUCAUGCAGGCUUUCAUGCCUGCGUGUGCUUGUGUAAUUUUAUUAUCAACAUAUGAAUUCUACUUUAUAUUGUGUCAUUAUCAUAUAUUUGCUCGUGCUUUUGGGAUUCAGCUUUUGCCAAGUUUAACACAUUCAGAUGACUAUUGAUGCAUCAUUCUUCUUGCUGUACCGCGUGUAACAAUUCAUAUGAAGUUAUUCUUCUAACCCAGUCUGGCCACUGAUGCUCAAUCCUGACUAAGAUAUUGGGCGUUGGUAGCAUACUGAUGUCCCCAUUCAUAAUCCUCAGGAAUAUGCAUUCGGGGACGUCAAAAAUUUGAUUUUUACUCUAAUGACAACGGAAUGAAUGAUAACUUCAUAUGAAAACAAAGAGUGUUGGAUUUUCUCUGCUAAUGCCUGAGAUAAUUUCAUUGAUCUGAAGCAAUUUUAGAAUCCGAGGGCAUAAAAUGUUAUUCAGCAGAUUAAUUCGGAAGAAAUUAGAUUUUGGUUUUUGACAAGGCAAAGUUUCACUUUAUUGUAAAAUUUUGACAUAGAUUCUGGAAUAUUUCUUUAUCAUCGGAAUUGAAAAGUUCAGAAAAGCUAAGAUUGUGUUGAGUUUGGAGUUGUUGCACUGGUAGUAGCUCGACAUAUUACUCUACCUUUUCCAAACAUUAUGGUCUUUUCUAAUGCGUUGUUUUGUUUUGGGUUCCUGGAACGGGGAUAUCUUUGAAUAAUUAUAAGUCGUUUAUCUUUUCAGAACUCAGACAGGGAAUUUCUUGUCCGCAUGUCAUACAUGGAAAUAUAUAAUGAGGAGAUCAAUGACUUGUUGGCGCCAGAGCACCGAAGAUUACAAAUUCAUGAAAGCCUUGAGGUAAAUAUUUUGCAUUUAUAAACUGGACUAACACAUCUUAUGUUCUCUGACUAUCCUCUCGCUACGAUUUGAAAGAGAGGUAUAUUUGUUGCUGGAUUGAGAGAAGAAAUAGUUGUCUCUCCUGAACAAAUCAUUGACUUAAUGGAGUUUGGAGAAUGUGAGUUUCCCCCAUCCACUUGAUAUCUACCUUUUCUUUGUGCUUGAAUUUAAGUUGUGGUACUUUCAACUGUACAGCACAUCGCCACGUUGGGGAGACAAAUAUGAACGUUCAUAGUAGUAGAUCUCAUACAAUUUUUCGCAUGGUAAUGCUAUCACCCAAGGCAUCCAUCCAUAGUUUCUGAACUUUAAUUUGGGAAUUUUAAUGUAAUGUUAUUGUGGUUGACAACUAGAUUAUUGAGAGUAGGGAGAAGACUGAUGACCAUGCUGAUGCUGAUGCGGAUAGUCAGUGUGAUGCUGUUCGUGUAUCUAUACUGGUAAGGGCAGAUUAUUAGUUCAUUAAAAUAUUUUAUUAUAAGUUUCUUACUCGAAGUAUAAUUUGUUUUCCUGCUUUCCAUAUUUCCUGGCUUCCAGAAUUUAGUGGAUCUAGCUGGCUCCGAACGUGCUGCUAAGACUGGUGCUGAAGGGGUAAGAUUGAAAGAGGGUUCCCAUAUAAAUAAAAGUUUAAUGACGCUUGGAACUGUGAUAAAGAAGCUCAGCGAAGGCACUGAGAGCCAAGGGUGAUCUUUCUCUACAAGUGUAUGUCAUUCCUGUGUUUUUUCGCUGAAGGUCCCAUUUAACUUUUUUCAUUCUUUCUGAUGUAGGGGUCAUGUGCCAUAUCGGGACAGCAAACUUACUCGCAUUUUGCAACCUGCAUUGGGUGGAAAUGCAAAUACAGCUAUCAUCUGCAAUAUUACUCUUGCUCAGGUGAUUCUGUAAAAUCUUGAUAGCUUAUAACAUUUCUUGGUCUUUACCUUUUUAUUCUCGUUGCAUCAAUGUUUCCUUCUUUUUUAAUUAUGAGAGGACUCUUAUAUUGUGGAUAACUGCUGAGUGUUACUUCUGUGGGUUAUCCUCACUGUAUAUUCACCCACCCAACCAACAUUCUGAAACCUGUGGGUGUUGAACCUCGGACCUUGCUCCUUGAGGCAAGCUCCCCAAAUCACCAACCCUACGGUCAGCAGGUAAUCUUCUUCUCUUACUGUUUUAGCAAUCAGUCAACCUUAUUGUUGUAGACAGUUAGAGGUACUCAUUGGAUGCUUGUAAGCCGGCAUUCCCUCAUUUUAGGCUUCGUGACUGUUGAGCGUGGGGUCCUUUCUGAGGCAGGGCACCACAAGAUAUCCUCUAUCACCACUGGGUAGUUACCAUUGUUUCCUGGAAAUGAAGCUAGUGUGGGAGUCUGAUAAGGCCCCAAGUAUUAUUACUUAUGCUCGGAGGGGGAAAGUUCCAUCAGAGUGGAGGUUCAUAGAUAAGAAUGAAUGAAGGUAACAUUUUGGGUUUUCAAAGUGUAGCCAUCAUUUUUCCCAAUGUUGAAAUGAAUGAAUGAGGUAUGUGACUAUUUCCAAUCCAAUUGCUUGUCUGAUUCAAAAAAGGAUAGACCAAUCAGUCCUGAUGUGACACUUCCUGGGCGGAUGGCUGUAAGUUGUUGAUGUGAUAUUUGGCUGAAACCAAAUGACUGUUCAUGUUUUGCAUAAUUUGUUAGCUGAAAUGAAUGGUAUAUGUUUUGUGUUUUGAGAAUCGGGAUGGCUAUUCAUUACCCUAUGAUUCAGCUGUGUAACGUUAUUGGAUAAUGUUAGAAAUGGAGAAAAAACCUUGUCACGAAGGAUGGAGGGGAGAACGGCGGAAACUGCCUCAAGAUUCAUUCAACUCUAACCCCCAUUAUAUAGGGAGUAACAAUACACAACUUUUGCCAAAACACCCUCAACUAAUUACACUGUUUUCCUACAGCCUAGAAGUUCUAACACCCACCCUCAAGAUGAACUUUGAAAAAUUCAUCUUGACUAAAUUGGUGAUGACAAAACUUUUUGCUCUCUGAACAUUCAUUUGUUGGUGAUGACGAAGACCUGUUGUGGCAGCAACUCUCUCUUUGAUGGUAGUCAUAGAUGACCGCCAUUGAGGCUGUGGAUUCGCCGACACCUCUGGCUCCUCUGAUGCUUGUCAUGCCCCAAGGACAGCUUACCAUGGAUAUGAUAGCGCCAAACACCUGAAACUUGAUCAUGAUGCUCACUAUGUCCUAGCGUUGUAGAGCCUGGCUUGGAGUCAUGAGAUAGUUGAUAGGGUGGCACCAAGCAUGCGGAGAGUAUCCCUCUGCUUGGAGAUCUCCAUAGUACCAAGAUCUGAUGCAAAGGCUCUCAGCUAUAACGAUUGAUGUGAUGAUGGGGCUUAGCUCUCAGGAAUGAUGUAGGCUAGCACCCCUCCCACCGAUUGAGUAAUAAACUCGCAGAGGAACUGGAAGGUGAAGGCCAUUUCAACGAAAGCAGAGGUGAGCAGACAGCACCAGACAACAUGGACUGUAGCAAUGUGGAGUGUGGAGAACUUUGGUCCCCAGACUAAGGAAGACAGAACUGAUGCUUAAUAGAGGGAGACAGACUGAGGAGGACAAAGUACGACACUAGAUUGAGACAAGCGUGAAUAAGAGGUUGAUUUUACGACACUAGAUAUUUCAGCCUCUAAAUAGAAGGCUUGAUGUAGACAGAAAUGACGCCAAUAAAUUUCACGAUGUUGUUGACGAACCUGCUAUUGAUGAACUCAAAUAUACUGUCAAAUAAUAGAUGAAGAUUAGUGCUCUCUCAUUGUAGAACUGUCUCGCCAGCAGAGAACUUUGCUGUAAGAGGAGAUGAUAGUGGACUCGUCGUCCUAGACUAGAGGACUAACAGAAGUAGACUGCGGUAAAUGGUGGAAAGAAAACCUGCUCAAAAUGGCAAGAUAUCAUACCUAUAAACGAUGGAAAGAUAACACGCCUUUAAUGGCGCAAUAAGUGCAUCAAGAUAAUGCUAGAAAGAAAUUCGGGAGAGGCAGACGGCCUUGCCGGAAAGACACUUGGCAGAGACAAGUGCCUCGCUAGAAAGAUACUCGGCAAAGAUGGAAUGCCUCACCGGAAAGGUACUUGGCAGAGGUGGCAGGCCUCGCCGGACAAAGAGGGGUUUGAAACCCUAGCCUGUAACCUGUCUGUCGUCAGAUGCCAGUGAUGGUGCCAUCGAUGCUCCCUCAGACAAGAAAUGCCAGGUAGAACUUACACCAAACAGAGGUGACAGCAGUGGAAAGAAGACACCGGAUAUUGCCAGACUCUGGUGGUGGCGGUGAUGGUGCUUCCCCAGACAACAAACGUCGGACAGAGUCAACAAAACUUAGUGGAACGAACCCGCUCUCACACCAGGCCAUAAAUCCUCCAAUCAUUAUGUUUCUUUUAACAGCUUUUGUGAAUUUGAUCCCACAAUUCUUUCACCGAAUGCAUGAAUAAGAAAUUCUCAUACAUCUUUGGUGUCAUUGUACUUAGCAGUCAUGUAUGGAAAUAGCCUCUUAUGAUUUUCAUCCUCUAUAUUUCGGAUCUGACUGCUUCAAUGGUUCUUCUAUAAGGUAAUCUGUUAAGCAUCUUCCAAGAAGUGUCAGAUCAACAAACUAGCUCCUGUUGAUGAAGAUUUAUCCCAUUAAGUUUAAAUUUCUCUGGGAUAUUCGAGAGAGUAUGAUAUAAUCUCUCCCUUUCUCUAGUCAUCGCUGGAGAUGAUGCGAGUUCCAUGGAUGAUGAAGAGCCUCCCCCUGAAUGUAUUCUGAAAGUCUUUUUCCUUUGUACUUUUCAGAAUGCCUCAGCUCACUGCUUGCAGAAGGUUUCUUUCUUCCUUGGUAUUGCUCUAAUACAGAAUCAUGAAAAACAAUAUUCAAGAAAGAAGAAACAAGAAGCAUCUGAUCCUACCAAAAUCAACACUGCUCUGAUACCAUGCUGGAAAUAGAGAAAAAACCUCGUCGCGAAGGACGCAGGGGAGAACGGCAGAAGCCGCCUCAAGAUUCAUUCAACUCUAACCCUCAUUAUAUAGGGAGUAACAAUUCACAACUUUUGCUGAAACACCCUCAACUAAUUGCACUAUUUUCCUACGACCUAGGACUUCCAACAGAUAACAUUGAGACGUGGAUUUGUUCAUUUUCUUAUAUGAAGAAACCGUGUUUUCAUUUGAUGUCAUGUUUUCUUACAACUUGAGUCCGAGUUCCAGCUCUGAACUAAUUUUGCCUCCGGGUUACGGUUACUCUUAGUUUUUCCCUAGAGGCUGACGUGAGUUUUUUUUUGUCUGAUUGCAGAUUCACUCAGAGGAGACAAAGAGCAGUCUCCAAUUUGCUAGUAGAGCUAUACGCGUGACAAACUGUGCAUGUGUAAAUGAGGUAGCCUAAUGCAGUUUUUGGUUUUUUACUUGGGUAUUCCAUGUCUGGCAAUAACUGCUGCUGUGAUUCAUUUGUAUGCACUAAAAUAUGAUAUAGUUUAUUGCUUAUCUUCCCGUGUCCUCGCUUGCAUAGUGACAUGACUUAGAUGGUAUUCUUUUUUGGUGGUAUGCUUUUUUCGUCCACAGAUAUUGACGGAUGCUGCUCUGCUUAAGCGUCAGCAGAAAGAGAUUGAGGAACUUCGAGCUAGAAUGCUGGUCUUCCUUCUCACCAAUAGUUUUUUUAUUACAUUUUGACCUAAAAAAUAAUGGAUGUGAUAUCUUGAUAUUUGUAUAUCAGGCUUCUCAUUCUGAGCACUGGGAACAAGAGAUCCUUAAUUUACGGAAUACAUUAUUGCAAGUAUGACAAAAAAAAUUUGUUUGCAUUUCUCAUUAGGAGUGAUGAAAAUCUGGCUUUUGUUGUUUUCUUUACAAUUCCUGUAUUUGUUGUUAUUUAGAGUGAACUAGAAAAGGAAAGGAUAGCUCUCGAGCUGGAGGAGGAAAAGAAAGCCAAAGCACAGCGUGAGAGGAGAUUGCAAGAACAGGAGAUAAAAAUUGCAAAUUUAAGCUCUAUGGUAUUGGACACAAAAAGGGAUGACAAGGCCAGCCUCACUAACAAGGUAGAAUGUAUAUUGAUAUGUGGACUUUUUUUAUUGAAACAUGUUUCCUUAUUAUAUCCUCUAAUUGUUCCCAAUGAUUAAAAGAGAUUUUCUUGUUUCAAUCAUCUUUUGACAAUCUCUUCUUUAGCUACAUACCCUAGUCUCUAUCACCUGUUAUUAAUCAAUUCGAUUGGACUUUUCUCUUCAUUCAGAGUACCAGACGAAACACUUGGUGCCCAGGUCCCUUAGCGUUGAACCCUGGCAAUGGUGUAAGUGAUUGCUUAAUUUAGGGUAGCCAAUUGGUUUUCUACUGUCAAGAAUAUCUUAAAAAUUCCAGUAUUCAAGGAUCAUGGAUUGAAUAAAAAAUAGAAACUUCGUAUAGUUCUUUAUGCUGUUUUCAGCUUUGUAAUUUUAUUUAAUCUUCAUUUUUCUCUCUCGUUCUUUAUCAUAUUCAUUUGACACGCACGUUUAUGUACCUCUAUUUCUUUUUCCAGAAGCGAUCUUAUGAAAAACAGACAUGUUUCGCAGGGUAAAGUUUUCCCUCGAGUAGCUUACUCUCUUGGCCAAAAACUAAUGCCAAAUAGUCAUCUUGAUGAAAGAUAUUUUCUGCUCACUUAUCCCUUCAUUGCCCAUUUUUCCUAGUUCACACAUUAUGUUCUGGGAUAAGGAAUUUGUCCAUCUUGUUUUUAAUUUUUCUCGCUAUGUUCACUUGGCUUAUUUUUGGCUCUUUUCAUGUCAUACCGGGAUUCCUGUGGUUAUAGAUUCCUGUGGAUUGACUGGGUAGCCCUUGCUUUGAUUCUUGUUUACGCUUUGAAUUGCCUUUUUCUGUUCUUUAGAGUUUAGAGCUAAGUUUUAGGAUAAAGAAAACGAAAUUUUAUCUGUAAGGAACAUAAGAGUCACAUGAUACAAAGAAGCAUUUAUGCUAUUCUGUUCUUGAAGAUGGGCAGUUCGCGGAUCAGAAAAACUCAUAGUCUGUGCGUACCCUAUUUGGAAACCCUAAUUUGGAGAGGUGUGUAAUUAUCCCAGUCCUUGAAUAAAAGUAAGUAAGAACGUCACCUAACAAUAAGCUCUGGGAUCCAUACUAUUUUGUUCAUGAUUUACAUUUUCACCCAUUUCUCUCAAUAAUCUGAAUACCAACCUUUGACCGUUGUUUUGUAAUUUUUUAUACCACAAGUUCCAAACCUUCACCACCUUCUUCUCAAAACAGUCUUCUCUCGCUUGUCUAACAAGAGCCAUCAUUAGAAGGUUGAGGCAGGUAUAUGAAGUUGACAAUCAUUUCUGGAUUAUCUUUACAUGGAUGGUGAGGAAACCAGCAGGGAUACAUGUCACCGAAUAUGACGUGAUCAUUCUUUUCCUUAGACCUAGAUGGCUCUCUUUCUAUUGCCCUUCCUAUCAUUAUUAAGGAAUGUUGUGUUGAAGGGGGGGGGGGGGGGAGAGACACUCAAACUACCAAGGUAAAUUGGGAAGAAGCAAAUCAAAAAGUUGUGUGCAUGCCAAUGAUUCAGAUGUUUCUGAGUAUUCCUAGAUUCGUUUUCAUCCUUUUUUGCUUAGCUUGACUAUCGUUCAGUAGUCGUCGGAUAUUUCAUAUAAAUUUGGGCACUCUUGUCCUAAUGCAAUAACUACUGGUUUGGAUCAAAUCUCACCAUAAUUGGCAUCCAAUGUCCUACUUGAAUCCCUUGUUUAAACUACUGUUUUGGACCGAAUACCCAAUAGUCAUUGAAAUUCAUUUUUAAGCCGGUGAUAAGAUUUCGAUUUUCAGUACUUGGUUAAGUAUUAUAAACCAAAAUUCUGUAAGCUUUUAGAAUGGAAAUUUUUACAAUGUUUAAUUAAAUUCUGAAAUCUGGUAGAGAAAAAACUAUUUAUCAGAUAAACAUACUUAAGAAAUGCUGUCUUAGAUGUAGAUAGUAAAUCUUCAUAACAGAUAUACUCGGGUCGAAUGUACAUGUUCGUAUACUUAUUAGGCUCUCUUACUUCAUGUGUCAAUUGCUAGCUUUAUUUCUGGGUCGAUCAAAACUUUUUGUCAUUGUUAUCCAUAUCUUUGGUCCAAAAGGUUAGAUCGGGUAUCUGUUCCAUUCAAUAAAUGUUAUCUGUCAAACUUUUUCAAGCUUGAAGAUCCAUCAACCUAAACCUUGAAUCUGGAGAAACAAAAAGAAAUAUCUUAUCCUUUUGUUGAGACUUCUAGUGUUCAGUUCUCGUAAUACAUUUACCACCAAUUAGCAGGUUGGUGCCAAGAAAAAUGUGGAUUUGCCGGUUCCAUUUGAAGAUUUGGUGGAAAAAAAUGGCGCUGCAAUGCUGGAAGACAUACCUGAAGAUGUUUUAGCACCAAAAGAUACCCUUUCAGGUGGUGAUUGUAGCCUUCCUGAUGCACGUGCAUUGUUGCAUGUUACCAGCCGUAGGAAAGUUCAGCACAAAAAUGCAGGCUCUCCAAUGGUACGUCUCCUGCUUUCUUUUUGCAAAAGGGACUACAUUCACAUCUUUUCUCCAUGGCUGAGGUUAUGGAAGGCGAUUGACACCUAAUUUCCACUGGCAAAACGUGAUUUCAUGCUCCUUUCCCCUAAGUUUCUGUCACCUUUAACACUUUUAGUUUCUAUGUGCUUCAAGUAAAAUACUUCUUGGUUGAUUCAUUUCCCCAGGGAAAAGAAAUCAAUACAGAGAUUGAACUUGCUGAAAAGGAAUCAAAAUUCUUCCAAGACUGGAUAUCUGUUGAAAAUGGAUGCAUCAUGGAAGAGGACUCAGAAUGUUCAUCAGGUUGGACAAGUUCUAUGUCCCAGCCAAAAGAAAGUGUCUUGUCUGAGGAUGAGCGCACAACUUUAAGAGACUCAGACGUUGGUCUGAUCAAGCAACUCCAGGUGCUUGUCCUCGACCUAGUGCGCAAUUAUGACUCAUUAUUUGAACUUUGUUUGUCACAUCACUCUUCGUAUUAUGUUAUUCACUGCUUUCAAGAAAAGGCUAUGUUAUUGACAUAACUACUGUAGACGGAUAUAUCUUUUUGACCCUGAGGAAUCAGAUAAUGAUGGUGAAGCAACAUACUAUUGUUUGGAAGAAAAUAUACUUAUAACUCUUUUCUUACCAUUGUACCAUAGAAUUUUAAUUCCCGUAAACGUGUGGCUUCUUUUUGGAUCUCUUUUAGAAGUUUACUAGAAAGUGCAGAAUUUGAUGGAUUUGACAUAGUCAAAAAUUCAGCAGUUUGAUAUGCUAUCUUGAGAGCGAGAUGACUUACAGAUUUUUGUAAAGAAACUUCAGCAGUUUAGCACAGGUUGAAUUCUUUGUAGCAAGUUAUAUAAGUGAUCAUUUCACUACUCUGGUCAAAUUAGGAUUGGGACCCCCUGGUCCAUUUGUUGGGGGAUUUCGAUUCCCUUGAACGAUCUAGGCCUAACACGGCAUAUCAGCUGAUCUAUGAAAUGAAUCGGCCUGAAAUUGAAUGCUUUGGUUCGAACUUAUUUGGAUUGGCCAGUUCCCAAGUAGGUACUGCUAGCAGACGGAGAGGAGGAAAAGUAGAAAAGGAAAGGGUGAAAAAUCGUUAUCAACUGCUAUGGACUGCCAUUGGCAGCUGUAGCAUCUGUAGGCAGCUACUGACAUCAGCCACCUCCACUUUGUAUGCUUCUCCUGCCAAAUGACCCAGUGAUCAGGCUCGGGUGUGGGGUUUUUGUAUAAAUGACAGCGUUAAUAUUUUAUUUUGUGAAACAUUUUAGAUAUCAUAAUUUUAUCGUAAAACUAUUACCAUAUAAUAUUUCUUCUUUAAUCCAAACCCCCCACUUGCGUUAUAUCCAAUGAUCUGGUUAAGAUGAUCUUGAGUUUAUGGACUAUGUGCCACAAGGAGCUGAGGUGAGCACAGCAUUUUGGUAAGCAUGGGAAGUCUCUAAUCUAAUAAUAAAGGUGAUUUACAUUUGAGGAACAUUUGUCAUUCAACCUGUUUAAAUAAAUUUCCUUUAUUUUAAUGUAUUCGACUUAUGAUACUUAACGUGCCUAGCAGCCCUAGUAAGCAUAUUUUUACUAAUGUAAUGGUCCGCUUUCUGAUAUAUACACUGGAGAUUCAUUGCAGUGAUUAUGCUGUUUGUUUCUUCUCUCUUAACAUUGUAUCAGGGCAAGUUCAGGCUUUCACUGCCUUUCUGACUUGACUUUUCGCCAACCUCCUUGAAAUGUGAGCUGACCACUGUUAUCCUUUUCUUUAGUAGCCACGCGGUGCUUUAGUGGCCAUCAACUCUUCUAUCAUCAUUGAAUCCAUCUUCCUACUCCUUGUGCCCCUUAGUUGUCCCUUCUUCCUAGAUGGUCAUUGUGUUGUUGUUUGACAAGCAGUUCCCUCCAGCCAUACAGCAGCCACUCAUCAAAUGGAACCACUUCCAAGCCUUUCCACCCACUGCAUUUCUGUCUUGCUCUGUUGCUGCUGGAGAAUAUCAUCCUCCUUGACAUAAUAGCCCUCUUCUCUCUUCUUCCUUCCUCUUUAACGAAAGAUGUGCAAAUAACAUCUAGAACUUUUUCUAGCUGUUGUCGCAUGUGCAUUUUGGGUGUCCUCUGGGGCCUCUUCCCCUUUCUGUGAACGCAGUUGGAUCCCAACUACUACAGUAUCCAAUUUGACUUAUUUGCAACCACGAUUUCCGUCUGAUCACCAUCUCUCACGGUGAUGACAUGGAAAGCUAUCAUUCUUGCUCUUUUGCAUGUUUUCUCUCCUCCAUUCUGGACUUUAUCCGUGCAAAACACUACUUGAUGCAACUAAGGAGAGUCACCAUCGCUCUUAUGUUGUCUGAAUCUCUCUUCUUCUCGCUUAGGAUGGGAGGAGUCUGUUGAAUAUAAUACUCUUCGUUUUCUAGAUGCACAUCUUCUCAAUAGAUUUUUUUUAGCUGGGAUUAUUGCCUGCCCUAUUGUUUUGCUGCAUGCUACCGUUGCUCAAUUGAUUGUUCUGCUAUUACUACAUGCCUCCUGGUAUUGUCCGUACACAAUCUUUUUCCUGUGGUGAUACUCUAUAAUGGCUUCCUCCACAUAUUCUGUCAUAAAACCAUUAAGGAGUCACCAUUUUCUGUCUUAUGUAAUGAUCUGGAACACGAUUGAUAUGCUCCACCUUGUAUGAGAGUGUUAUAAUAUGUAGUUUUUUUAUGACAGUGGGUGGCCCAGUUGGCUUAAAGGAAAUCAGUCACAAUCUAACUACAAGAAUACUAUUAGACUUGUAUGUUUAAUAUAUAUGUUGGCAUGGAAUGCCAAACUGAGUACAAAUGUUAAAAACUUGAAGACAUGAGAUCACAAUGAACAAAGAAAAAUCAAGGAAAAAGGCUAAUACAGCCGCAAACUGUGUCACCUACGUAACCAUUAACUUGCGUAGAGCAAUUACUAGGAUCGGAAAUUCUGAUUGAAAAUAGUGAAUAAGGUCAUGACGUUGCCGUUUGAGUGAAACAUGGAUCCUUCAUAAAAUUUCCUUCAUCCGGAUGAUAUUUAUCUGGAAUAUCUAGGCAUUCAGGAAAUAACCAAAUGCUAAUAUUCUAAGGGCAUAAAGGUCAUCUACUCUAUUCUGAAUGACUUGGAUUAUAAUUGAGUCGCUAUUUGGAGCAGCGCUUCAUUCGUUUUAUUCUCCUUUUUAGUUGGUGAUUUCAAAAUGAUUCCUACUUGUUAUUUUUUUCCCUCUGAUAAUAAGAUCCUACAUCCCUCCAUAAAGAUUCUAGCUUUAGUUCUUUUUAUUGCAUUAAGCUUUUAGCUCUUUUCGCUAAUUUGAAACCAUAAAUUUAAAAUGUUUUGCCAGGAAAAUAUGGUGAACAUUUUUAUUGAGAACAUACAAGAUGUAGCAUUUGAAGUUCAGCACUCAAGUGAUACUAUUGAGGAGGCAUCUUCCUUUAUUGAGGAUCUCUUCCCGGCCUUCUCUGCCUUUUUGAAAACAUUCCUGGUAAUCAUUUCUUACCGCUUUCAUCCUUUGUAGACGAUGCGAAGGGGAAAGCGAACUUGGUGAGCUGUAACACCAUGGGGUUAGCAAUAUAUAUGCUUCCGUUUAUGGUCUGUGGUGCAGUGAAUUCAAUGGAAAUUUAGAGUUGCAGAUCAUUGUAAAUUUUCUUCUCCUUUUCCACUUAAUCUUCGUAACAGCAUCUUCAUUUUCUAUUACUGUUGCACAGGAACUGAAAGCACUGGCAUCGCAAAGUAUGGAGCAGAUCAAGGUCAUUGCUGAUGGUCAUGAGAAACUGCAUGGCUUUAUGAAAACAAAGAAUGCUGAACUUGAAAUUGAAAAGGUAUAGCUUGAAAUGAAAUAACAUUCGUAUUAUGCUGCCCAUGGAAGUUUCAUGGGACUUACUUGAUAUCAUUAUUCAAGAGUGCAGGGUCUUUUGCACCAACAAACCUCUGAUCUCCACAAACGCAUUCAGGAGCUUCUUUUGGAUUCACAAGAAAGGGAAAGGGCAAUGAAUGUAAGCGACUAACUAGUCAUUUAUUAUUCUCUAUUUUUGGCGUUUAUUCGUUUCAAAGUUUUUUAUUUCUUUACAGGAAGCGGCUCAUCAACAUAAAUCGGAGAAGGAUAAACUUCUUGAUCAAAUUCAUGGUCUCCAAAAAGAAGUUUCAUGUCUCUCAUCUUCUUCGUUGGUGAAAGAAAAGGAAGCUACGUGGAAGGAGCUCGAAAAGACAAAAUCAAAGUUAAAAGAUACUGAAUCGAAGCUUAGGAAUACCAUACAAGAUAAAGUCAGACUAGAGGUUUCUGGAAUCCAGUGUUCUGCUGUUCCUUCUGACCGGUCCAGUUUAUGUUUUUGUACUUAAACAUUAUUUUUCAUUGGUAUGGACUAAAUUGUUCUCUUACCAGAGUGAGAAAGCACAAGCUGAACGAGAGAUAAAGCAUUUGCAUAGUCAGAGAAAUCUUCUUGAACGUGACGUCAGCAAGCGCGAGUCAAUUGCUAGGCGUGAGUCGAAAGCUCAUGAUUUUAAUAAAUCAAAGGGUCAUGGUGGCCCAGCCAAUCAAAUUCGCCAGGUAGUUAUGAGUUUCAAAGGCACUCUUCUUUUAAACUUCACCUGAGAAAUGCUUGUUCAAGGUUUUGCCUGGAUGCAUCCUUUGCAAAGGUUACGUCAGAGCUUUUAUAAUAAUUCUUUGAUAUCUUUCAAUGCCUGCGAAAGUCAAGCUGCACUUCUUCACUGGUAAAACAUUCUUCUGCUUCUUGGGUGUUGUCUCGAAUGACAUUUACUGUCUUGGAGUUUGGUAUGAAAUUGUUUCUUAGGUGACUGUUUGGUUUUCCUUUGGAAAUAUAGGAUUUUUCUAUUUUAACUGUUGAUUAUCGUGGUGGGUACCUAGAUGUAGAAUGAAAAAAACCAGAAAAAUAGGCAAAAUCUUUCCUCCAAAUCUAUGAAGUUGCGACUAUCAGUCAGUAGAGAAGGAUGAAAGGAUGAGAUAAUACAUGGACAACAGCAGUACCAAGGAGAUGACAAUCUAAUAAAAAUGUUGUCGAGCACAAUGGAAAUGGAACUGAAAAUAGUAGCAAUAAAAUCGUAGUCAAUACUACCACAAUAAGUAAACUGUAGAAUCAAAAAUCUCUAUGAAGCUGAUUUAUGCAAUGACAAGAUGCAGACUACUCUCCUCAUCAUAUGUAGGUUUAUUGCCCUUUAUUAGACAUAGACAUGUGUUUGCUUUUUUUCCCAAGUGUGAAUCCCAUUGUGGAAAGUGAAUGAGAAUGCCAAAAUGUUUUUGUGGUUGAGAUCGGAUGUACAGAACAAUGUAACUUGGGAACAAAAUAAACGAAAACGAUUCCUUUGUAUGGUGCCAGGUAAGUGUACCGAUCUGUUGAAAAAUGUUCACUAACAAAAUCUCCCCCAAAUGUUUUCAAGGUUUUUUUUCUAAAUCAAAUUUAUUAGUUUUUUUUUUCCAGAUUUGGAGUUUAGCAACUCGUGUGUUUUCCUAUCUUUGGUGAACAUCUGUCCAGCCCAUUGACUUGUUGACUGAGCUAUCGGUCUUUUAGAAAGUGCAUUAUACUAUACAUUCAUAAAAUGUCAAAGGGAAAAUCGUAAUCCUAUUGUAAUUUUACUUUGAGUAUUUAGGCUGACUAUGAGAAGCUGGAAAUCUGCGCAUUUGAAAUGGAGGCGGAGAUUGCCUCUUUGGAAGAAAAAUUGAUGGCUGCAAUUACCCAAAAAGAAGAAGUUUUUGUCAAAAAUGUCUUCCUUGAGGAGGAGCUGGAAGCCUUGUCCAACAAGUUGAACACUGCUGACUCAGAGUUGAAUUUAAUGAGAGAAGAAAUUGGCAGCAUGGUACACGCCAUCUAUCAAUUUAUAUUUGAUUAAACACACUUUUAUUUGAACAGCUAAUUCUCCCAAAUUGUUCCACAUUUCAAUAUUGCAUAUAAAACUUUCAUGAUGUUACAGACUCUCAAGUUGGAUGAAUGCGAGUGUACUCGUGGAGAACUAGAAGCUUCCCAUGAUUUGAUAUCCAGAGAGAAAGAAGAGAUGGCUAUGGUGAGUCACAAUGAAAGUUCACAUACAAUAUUGAUGUCGUACAGUUUAUCCCCGUGUGAGUAUAAUUUACGGAUUUAAUUUCUAUGUUCCAGCAACUUACUGAUGCCUUGCUAGAAUUUGAGGCCGAGAAGUCUGCAUGGUCUACUACGGAAAAGGCUUUAUUGGAUUCUGAUGAAAAAUCUAGAAAUGAGAUUGCAUUGCUAUCUGAAAGUUUUUUAAAGGUAUCGAGAUAAAUAAUUGAAUUUUGUCAGAUAUUAAGUUGUUGCUGAUAAGAUUCUUUAGAAUUCAUAAUUCUCUGGGCUUUUGCUUUUGAGUUUUGUUUAUAUCAUCCUCCAUCGUGAGGUCUAACGCAGGUCUGUGCCCAGCUUCAUAACUGUGUUUAUAAUCUGUGUUUCAGCUUCUGUGGUGAUCCCUAAUUGAUGCGAGCUGCUUAAAGACAUCAAUGAUCAUGACUUUAGAAAUGUUGCUUUUUUGUUCUUUUGCUAUGACAGUGCUUAUAAUCGCUCCCACCUGUUUUCUUUCCCUUGCUAAUUUCAGUGCACACUGUCUGUAAUGUCUUGCCAUCUGUAGAAAAUAUUUUUCUGUGCAUCUCUUUUAAAUGUUUAUCUAUUGCCACGUCUACCUGUAGAAUGUACGGGUUUGAUUCCCCAGGCCUGUAUGUGUUUAGCCACUCUCAUACAACCAGCCCUUUUCUCCUAUGUUACGGUCUACCUAGCCCUUUGUUCACAUGUUAAGAGAAGUGAACGUGUGAUCUACGGUCUACUGUUUCUGAUGUAGAAGACCUUUCUAGGCAUCGCACGGAUGACCUUUAUACUGCUGUGCCAAGUAAUCAAGCAUUUAUUACCAUAACUGACCUAAUAUUUUUCAGGAGAUCAAGUAAACGGAGAUUGAUCUUAUUUUGAUACAAAUCCUGGAAGUACCAGAGACCACAAUGCUUUGAGAUAACCUUAGCCGGGUUAACCAAUGGAUCGAUACUUGCGUUGCUUAUCAUUUGAGGAAUUAUUUCUUAUUAGUAUUCCCGAAAAAUGCGAUAAAAUUAUCAGUUUCCAAUUAUUUUUAAUCUCCGAAUGCCUUCGUCUAAAACAGAAUUCGCCAUAACAUCUCUGUUAUCUUCAUUUUCAUUAAUUAAAAUACACCAUUUUCAUUAAAUGAGUUAUGAUGUGGAACCUGUGAAGUUCUUUGGUGUCUACUUCUGAAGUUUAAUAAUUUCCAUAAAUUCUUUUUGAUGAAAUAGGUAAAGGGUGAACUGGAAUCUUGCUGUAAACAGUCUGAAAUUCUUGAGAGGAGGUUGGCUCUUUCUAAAGAAAAUUCAGAAACAGAGAGAGAAAGCAGGUAAAGGAUUAUUUUCCCCAGAUUUAGCUAUUCAUGGUCUCAAUUACUGUCAUGAGUGUUUAUCUCAUCCAAUAAUUUUCAUUCACCAUGUUAGUUUUGAUCCUCACAUUCGUGAUUAGAUUUCUUCCUCGUAAAUUUUACUUGUUUCAUUCAAUGCCGCGUAACGAUGCCAUUUUUACCAGCUAUGGUUUAAAGGAAAAACAAUUUAGUAGUUCGUCAGUUCUGGUCAGAAGUUUCAGAAUGAUUCAGGAUCGUGUUGGAAAAUGAUGAUCGCGACAGCAACGCUAAGAUUUGUACCAGAAGAGAUAAAAAAAAUAGGGCUACAAAUGGACUGGAUUCACCUGUUCCCCUCUCCUAAUAUUAUGCGCAUAAUAUAAUCCCAUCUAAUGAACUUAUCCUCUCAUUUUUCAAGAGAUAUCCAUUUGGCGGUUUCUUUAUUAUAUCAAACGACUAAUCAAUUUCGGCAUCUUCAAUGUAAAUGUGCGAGGUUCUCUUAGUUUUAUCCAGCUUUCCUCUUAUAUCCUAAAGAUGCUUAAACAUACUGAUUUACCCGUCCAUCGAAGGCUUGAUCGAUGAGAUUGCAGUCAAAGGACGAAGCAUGUUACUGAGCGAAAUGUGUCCUCUAUGACUGUGCACAUAGUAAUAAUUGCCUUUUUGGGGUUCCCUUGUUUAAUGAACUGAUCUCAGUGUCUUUCUAGUCAUGGUGAAUAAUCUUCUUUCAUCAAAUCAAGUCUUAACCUUUGUAAGUACUGAGUUGAAUCCUAGUGUCCACAUUUAAUUUAAUGUCUUCUUUGGUGUAGCUUAGCGAAGUUGUUGGAGAUUGCCCAGCUGAGAAGUGAUCUUGAGAAGCUUGAAAUCGACAGCCUCGUAUACGAGGAUGUAAGCAGCUCGUGAUGCGUUUUCGGGUAGUCAUUAAUGCUAGAUUAAUUUUUGGAUUGACUUUCAUGUACUAUGUUUCAUGUACCUUUGCUUAGGUUGUCAAGUCAACUAUUGAGGUCCUGUCAUUAGAACAUAAUGGUGCAUGCGAGCAGCUAGACAGACUACGGAGACAACUGCACUCUUUUCAGGACACAGAAAGGUCUCAUUACCAAUCCAAGCUGGAUGAGAUAUCGGGUCAACUAGGCUGCCAGGUUUGCCUUUUCCAUAUAUGCCCGUGCGCCUACUCUGAUCUCACUUGGUCAAUACAUAGAACGGGACCCUUUUUCAAGAAAUUGAUGGAAUCUUGGACUCCGCAUUUCUCCACAUCAUUCAUUGAGUUGACUUGUUUCCUCGUGAAAAGUAACUUCUUUUUCCGGAGACAGGUGACGAUCGCUAGAAAGGAUGUGAAGGAAUUGUCUGAGCAGAUACUCAACAUGGAAGUCAAGGCACACCAAGUGGGUUUCCUGAAAUUCUUAGUUUUAUUGCCUCUAGACCUGCCAGUGGGCUGUGUAAGCUCACUGUCCAGUCAUGCUGGGGCUUUGACUUUCUUCAUGUCCACAAAGAAAAGUCAGCCCGGCCCAAUCCCAUCCGGGUUGAGUCCAAGGCUAUUGAUUAUCUUCUUUCAUAAUGUUACCUGUCUUUCACAUCGCCUGACCAACUCCUCCUGUCCACUCCCACAGGAAGCUCUGUCCAAUGGCAUCGAAAGAACGAAGCUUAGGAGGAGGUUAGGGUGGACGCAGGCAAAGCUGGAUGCCUACCGAGGGAGGUACCUAGAAGCCGUAGAGGAGAUGGGCCUCAUGAACAGGAAGUUCGAGGAGGCAUCCGCUAGACUGAAGGAGAAGCUGGCCUCCUACGGCAUCCAGAUUCUGAACCUCAAGAAGCAGCUCUCCACCAGAGAUUGAGCCGAAACCAACACGAAUCGCUGUAACCUAUAGUUUUCUCUGUUAUGUUAAUUUUAUUAUCUGAUCUAGUUUUAGGGCCUUGCGGUUGAUGAGAUGACCACAUCGUCUUCGUUGACUAAAGUUUUAGCGAAUUAUGUGCAUAUGCUUGACUCUAGGAUCUUCCAGCUGGACCCCGUCUGCACCCCUCGUGCUGGAGUAGGUCCUCGCAGAUUCGGUUGGAUUGACCUUUUCUAGUAUAAAAUAGACUGGACUCUCGGGCCUCGUCUUCUCCAUGCCGUUGACCUUGGCACUCUAUUUCUCGAUAUUUGAUCUGCCACUGUCUAUCUUUCUAAGUCUUUACAUCAAUGACAGCUUAUGCUAACAUGGGCACUGUCUGUGUACAUGUAUGUAUACUGAGCGAAGUACUUGGAAGUUGUGGAGCAAAAAGUUUGAGUCUUUAAAUCUCAAAAAUGCCUUAAGAUUUUGUUCAUGAGGCCCAUUUCUACGGCUUUUAGGUAUAUCCCUCAGUACGUGUAUGUACACAUACACAUAUGAUGGCCAUGUUAGCAUUGGUUGCCAUUUCCCUUCAUAACUUGCUUUCACCGUGUACCCUGUUAAAAAGUUGACAAUAAAGGGGAGAAAAUUAUAGAAAAUUGUGUACUCAUGGAGAAGAAGAAAUGUAUCACAAUGAUAUUAUGAUGUGUAUAAACAUUGUCUUAAAUAUCAACUUUUCAACAUUAUGUCACUCACAUCCACCAUGCUUAGAAACAUUCAUAUUUCAUCCUGAUUUUGUUGGGUUUAAUGAUUUUGGAGGGAUAUUGUUGGAUUUAAUGAUUUUGAUGUCAAUAAAUUAAUUGCAUAAAGUUAAUAUGAAAAUCUAUAAGAAAAUAUGUUUGAAUAUACUAGUUUAUGAAUCAUCAUUUAAAUUCUUAGAUCUAGUUUAAUUUGUUGUAUAAACACAUCUUUCAGUUCUCAAAUAAAGACAAUGUACACCAAAAUUAUAUAAAGUAUCAAAUUCGGUCAAAAUAAAAGAGAAUAUAUAAUUUAGAAGAUAAAAUUGAAGAGAGAGAGAAUGAGUAAUCCAUGUGUUGGCUCACAUGAGGAGAAAGAAGCAUGUCACCUCACAAAAGUAUGUCUACUUAUUUUUGGUCAGGAGAGCAUGUCAUCGUACUUUUUAGAAUCUCAUUUUGUAGUAUAAAAAAUGAUUUUUCAGAAAAUUACAACGUAUUUUAAUAAUAGAAAAGCAUUUCUAACAAAAAUGAUGUAUUCAAAAGUUUGUCAAAAGCAGAUCAAAUUGAUAAUAUGGCCGUGCCUAACCAUGCAACCUAUAAGUGGAUAGACACAUGAGUUGACCCAAAUAAUAUUUGACUAAUCAUAUCUCAAUGAUCUGAAGUCAAACGAUCUAGAUUUUGCACUCUAUCAAUAGCCCUUUGUAAGAACUUUGAAAUAGUUCAUAACAAUAUAAAAUCUAAGUAAAUUUUACUGCAUUUUGAUGAGCAGACAAACUUACUCAGCUCAAAUUAUCUACAUAAGCUAUAAAGCUAUUAAUUCAACAGCUACAACUGAAUAGUUUAUCAUUUCACUAUGAGACCCAUGAGAUCUAUUAAAUUUUAUUGUUCCCAUUAAAUUAAGAUAUAUUUCUCUAAGCGGGAAGAACAUAAAUCAAGGGUAAAACUCCUAUAAAGUAAACAUAGGCUAAGGAAAGACAUAAUCACUAAAAAUUCUUGUUUGACAUGAUCUAAAAUUUAGUGUGCCAACUAUUGUCGACAUAGCCAGGUCAACUAAUGUGUCAACCCAUUAUGUCAACCCACUACGGUUUGUAUUGUCUCACUUUUCUUUGAAAAUUUUAUAAAAAUAAUUUUAAUUAAUGAAAAAUGCUAAAACACUCAAAGAAGCUAAUUCACCCACCUAUCGAUAUGCAUUUAAUCUGCUAGAGAACCAACGUUGCACCUAAUGGCCAUGCUAACAUCAAUUGUUAGUGAUGUGAAAGGUUAUAAAGAUAGAUCAUGGGCAGACCAAAUAUUGAGAAAUAGAGUGCCAAGGUCAACGGUAUAGAUAAGAUGAUGGCAGGGGAAUCCAUAAUAUAUUUUAUACCACAAAUAGUCAAUCUGACCUAAUCUGCAGGUCAUACUCCAGCACAAGGGGUGCAGAUGGCGUCCUACUAGAGUUCCUAGAGUUAAAAUAUGCACAUAAUUUGCUUAAACUUUAGUCAUGAAGAUGAUGAUAGUAAGUCAUCAUCAACCAAAAAGGCCUUAUUAGAAAGAUGGACCACUUUCUAAUCUUCAUUUUCAAGAGAUAGAGUGAAUCUAGAACGUUGUUUCUUUUUAUGGGUCAGUUGAGAGAUCCCUAGCUCAUUGCUUCUUGAUGGAAUAACAACCUAAAUUCAUUAUUUCAGAGAUAAUAAUGAAUGGGGUCCUACCUAAAAGCAUCCUCCUUUUGGAUCAAAGGCAAGAUGCGCGUACGUGUACUUGUGCACGUACGUGUAUGUACUUAUCUUCAGCGCGUAUCCAGAACUUGGGUGUGGGCGCCGUCUUGCCGUGUGGACGUCGUCAUCUGGCCGCGCCACACCAAAAAGCGGAGCUCGCGAGGAAGGAGCCGCACGUUCUCCUUCAAAAAUCUCCGACAGGAGCUCCCGCCGCCGCCACCACGACUGCCUGCCUUCCGCCGCUCUUGA